AGGUUUUAGAUAAGAGAACAGAGAUGAGUUGGACUGGUGUAACUCCCCUUGUAUCAGCAAAUCCUCCAAAGCUUCACCAAUCCUCUCCCUUCUAUGCUUCUCCUUCUUCUUCUUCUUACUCUUCAUUCCCAACUGUUAAGGUUUCAUCAAGCUUGUCACAGAGAUUUAGUGUUAGGUCCCUUUCCUUAAACAGACAGAUAUGCAGAGCAGCAGCCGAGUACAGAUUUCCGGACCCAAUUCCAGAUUUUGCUGAUGCUGAGACUGAGAAGUUCAGGACCCAUCUCCUGAAUAAGCUAUCCAAGAAAGAGGUGUAUGACGACUCUGUUGAAGAGGUCGUAGGGAUCUGCACUGAGAUAUUUGGUACUUUCUUGCACACCGAGUAUGGUGGUCCUGGGACGCUCUUGGUAGUUCCCUUCAUUGAUAUGGCUGAUACUCUAAACGAGCAGGGAUUACCUGGAGGACCGCAAGCUGCGCGUGCUGCCAUCAAAUGGGCACAGGGACAUGUUGACAAGGACUGGAAGGAAUGGACUGGUGAUGACAACUGACACAAAACCGGGUUUGCUAGUUUAUGCGUAGGUUAUAGAGUUGAUCAAGCGGUUUUGAUGUCUGUUAUGCUUGUCAAACUGAUGGAGAGGAGAGUUUUUUUUAUUGCUUUUGUUGUAAUAUUAUGGUGAAGAUAUGUGGUCUGUUGUAAGAUCAUGAGAGUAUCUAUUGUUGGGCAUCUAUUGGUUCAAGCAUUAAUCGAAAGCUGUUAUUUAGAGUUUA